GCACUCCUGCCCGCGCGAGCCUCACCUGGCGCCGUGGCGCACUGUGUUUGUGGGGGAAUUGUGUUUCUGAGUUAAACUCGGAGUCUCUUUUUAUCCGUUUUUAUCUCCGACUUUCUGAGAGAAGUGAGCCGAAGAAACUCAGCGCCAUUUUGUGCCCGAGCCGCGGCAAGAAACCCGUUUACUGAGUUUAAUGUGUAAUAAAUAACACGGUGAAGACGAACAAGAGGCUUCUCGUGUCUUUAGAGAGUCUUUAAAGAGGGGAAGCCGGUGGAACAGCGCAGAACAUGGCUCCACGUAAAGGCAAGGAGAAGAAGGAGGAGCAGGUGAUCAGCCUUGGCCCUCAGGUCGCUGAAGGAGAGAACGUGUUCGGGGUCUGCCACAUCUUCGCCUCCUUCAACGACACCUUCGUGCACGUCACCGACCUCUCCGGAAAGGAGACGAUCUGCCGUGUGACCGGUGGGAUGAAGGUGAAAGCUGACAGAGACGAGUCCUCUCCGUACGCCGCCAUGCUGGCAGCUCAGGAUGUGGCUCAGCGCUGCAAAGAGCUGGGGAUCACUGCUCUGCAUAUUAAACUGAGGGCUACUGGGGGCAACAGAACAAAGACCCCCGGCCCCGGAGCGCAGUCUGCUCUCAGAGCGCUGGCUCGGUCCGGCAUGAAGAUCGGACGCAUCGAGGAUGUGACUCCCAUCCCCUCAGACUCCACCCGGAGGAAGGGAGGUCGUCGCGGUCGCCGUCUGUAGCUGCUGCCGCGCUUUCUGACAAUAAAGACUUUCAGAUCCA